AUGGCCCUGCUUCGCUGUCUUUAUGCAGUCACAGCGCUGCUCGUCGCGACAGCUUGCGCUCAAGCGUCACCGGCACCGUGUUUGGUUUCGCCAGCGCCACCACCGACGGCGGCGAGACGACGACACCCGCUGCAUCCAGCGACAUUGCCGAGCUUACCAUUCACUGGAAACUACAUCCACCACGCCUCUGGCCGCUCGUCUAAGCUGGAGUUCAACAACUACUGGCACGUGUAUAACAACUACGGUACAACAACACCAGCCACGCAAUUCGAUGUGAGCAGACGCACAAACGCUCUCAUCGAGGGCAACGUCUUCGAUAGUGUUGACGUUCCGUUGCAGGACAGCAGCGCUGGCGCUAUCUUCGCGAUUGAGUCCAGCGACCAGUCCACCUGCCGCUCUGCCAUGGGUCAGACCUGUGUGGGAUGCUAUUCCCGGCGCGUGAAAGACAUCUGA